GUACUGCUCCCAUCGCACCCCCCCAGAGGGGGCCUUGAGGAGCCGCGGGGCUGGCCUAAACUUCGACACAGAAUUCCUGCAUUUCUCAAUUGUCAUCAGGCUGGCGGAGCUACUGCAGUGUGCUGUCAAACAAGACAGCGCACGUCCUGUGCGCACAGGACUUGGAAUGGAUCUGCCCACAGGGGCUGCAUUUUACACUCCUCCACCUGUCUCACGCUGUAAGGUCAGCAUUUGACACCAGGGUAACGUCUCUCCUGCUCGUGCCAAUAUCUACCUGCCCAAGUAAGUGGCUUUCAUACACCAGGUCCCAGGUACCUCCCAUCCUAACAGAAGCAACCUAGCAAGUCAAGGCCAGGAGGACCGGGGUGCAGAUAGAACACAUAUGUGAACAUAGGAGGUGCUCAAUGACUGUUUGGCUGAAUGAAUGAAUGAAUGAAUGAAUGAGGAAGGAAACUAUUGGAACAUAGGAGGUAGUCAAUGACUAUUUGAAUGAAUGAGGAAGAAAACUGCGGGUAAUCAAAAUGGCAUAAAAUCCAGUGUGCUCUCUAGGAAGUCCAGGAUGAAAACUGUUCAGCAAGAGGAAGGGCUUCUCACACUUUCACGUGCUUGUGGAUCACCCAAGGAUCCUGUGAAAAUACAGAUACUGAUUCAGUGGGUCUGGUGGAGCCUGAGACUGAGUCUAACAUGCUCCCAGGGGAUGCUGAUGCUGCUGAUCCGUGGAGAGGCAGCGUGUGCUCUGGCUGCCCAGAGCCUAACUCGAUUCACAUGGAUCAUGCUGCUUCCUGGCCAGCCCUCGGCCACAGCACCAUCAGCUGCUGUUGCUGAGAGAGCUUCUCUGUGACAUGCUGGCUUUCCUCAGCCACCCUGGGAAGGGGAAAGUAGCUGCCACUAUCUUUGUUUCCCAACCUCAGGCCUCACAGUUUCCCAUGAAAAGAGUAGAUGAAUACAGCCUAGCCCUCUCAGUUCAGAGUUGUUCUCCCAUCUCUGAGCAAUGGGAUGUUCUGUUACACUUUUAUGAUGUCCGUCACACCUCAUCUUGACCUCUGCCUGAGACGUUGAUCACCACCUCUGAGGGUCUGUCCUGCAAACUGGGACUCUGUGACAGAUGAAUAAAACACUCAAACACAGAGUACAGUGAAUGAGUGGGCUAGGGAGGUUGACAGCUGCUCUCAGCGCAAUUGCAGCUAUGCCACCCCUCACUAGCUGUUCCUCCUCACGUUUAUUCAGUAUAGAUUUAAUAACAGGGGUUUUAAGUCAUCAUAAUUGUGGAUAAUUAAUAUGCUUAAAAGAGUUGGCUUAUGAAUGAUAAAAGGUUUGGUUCUGGGGCCCAGAGCAAACACCAUUAAUGGGUAAUUUCCCUGGUCAACCUCCUCCCAAGAGGGCCAUCCGGCUCAAAGGUUACCUGAGUAAACAAGCUAGAUAGAGGAGAGAAAAAGGAAUGUGGGGUAAACAGACUUAACUGGGACAGCUUCUGUUAUCCCUAAACUUUACCCUGUGACCUAAUACUCUAAGGUAAGAACUGGCAACCUUCAGCCUGUUCCAUUUUUACAAGUUAUCAAAACCUUUUGGCCUACCAAAACGUUUGAGACUAUAUCUUAUUACUUUCCCUAAUAUUUCCCUUAAUAUUUUGCCAACCACCCUGAGUGAAUCCCUACAUUUGCCACCAGUGGAUUGUAUAGUGAUCACUUCUAAGGCCCAUGGCCCUGAAAUAAAAUCCUUCCAAGGGCAUGCAGAGCUCCACUCCAGCUGUCACAUGGCUUUUCAUGCUUCCAGGUGUUAGGGCCUUGCCCAGAUAGACAGGCUGGGUCUGCUGUCCCAGUGUUUCAAGGAGGAAACCAGACACCCGAGACAGGAGCUGGUACUGUAGCCCAGUGCAGCCUCACAGAGCACGAGGCCCGAGGCUCUGAGUUGUCCUCACCACAGAUGAGCAACUAACAUAGAGAUGGAGCAAGAAAAACACAUUUCCACUGACGCCGCUUUUUUAGGCCUAGUUGAAAGUCAAGCGAGGACAGCAGCAAGCGUAGGUCCUGGGACCACACUGCGUGUGUGUGAGGCCCCGUAGGUCUCGGCAGAGGCCUGUGGAGAGGCAGUGUGUGCUCUGGCUGCCCAGGGCCGAACUCAGUUUGCACAGAUCAUGCUGCUUCAUGGCCAGCCCUUCGGAGCUCGAGACCAGUGUCCUCUCUCGAGGAUUAAAGAAAAAAAUCUUCUCACAGUCUAUGCUGGAGGCCACAUCACCAACAAAGUUCACACCCCAUGCAGCUCUGAGAAGGCAAAAGCUCCAGGCUCAAAAGAGGAAAUUUAAAAUUUCUCAUUGGGAAAGUAAGGUACCCCCAUCGCAGAAUGAAAACUGCGCGGUGGCAGAACAAACUCCACCCUAAUGUGGGUGGACCCAUCCGGUCCGCUGAAGGCCUGAAUAAAACAAAAGGGCUGAUUCCUCCUCUAGUGAGGGGGAACUCCUCCUGCUUUCAGUUGGGACAUAAGUUUUCCUGCUUUCAGAUGCAAACUGAAAAACGGCUCUUCUUGGGUCUUGAACUUGCUGGUAUUUGGACUGAAAGAAACUACACUAUUGGCUGUCCUGGGUCUCCAGCUUGCUGACUGUAGAUCAUGGGCUGCGUCAGCCUCGACAAUCAUAAGAGCCAAUUUAUCCUAAUAGAUCAGUCUUUCU